AAGGAGCAGUCAGACCUAUGGUUGAGAGAGAAGAACUUGAAAGAGCAGUUGGUUCAUCAUGGAUGGCAAUAGCACCAUGCCUGGCAUAGCCGAUAACUUCACAGUGAUGCCCACAAUAUUUCCAAGAUCAGGAUACAGCAUUCUGUCCUUCAUAAUGUUCUUAAAUGCAGUGUUUUCCAUUUGCAACAAUGUUUUAGUAAUAUUAGUGACUCUAAGAUACCCUCAGCUUCGUAACCCUAUCAAUAUUUUCAUAUUGAACCUUUCAUUUUCAGACCUAAUGAUGACAUUGUGUGGAACUACCAUAGUAGUCAGCACAAAUUACUAUGGUUACUUCUACCUUGGGCAACAGUUCUGUAUUUUCCAGGGAUUUGCUGUCAACUACUUUGGAAUUGUUUCCUUGUGGUCUCUAACUCUGUUAGCCUAUGAGAGGUAUAAUGUUGUAUGUGCGCCUAUUGGAGCGCUAAAGAUGAGUCCCAAAAGAGGUUUCCAAGGACUGGUGUUCAUCUGGCUUUUUUGCCUCUUUUGGGCAGUUGCUCCACUUUUUGGUUGGAGUUCUUACGGCCCAGAAGGCGUUCAGACAUCCUGCUCCAUUGGAUGGGAGGAGAGGUCCUGGAGCAACUACAGCUAUAUAAUAACUUAUUUCCUCACAUGUUUUAUCAUUCCCGUGGGAAUAAUAGGAUUCUCAUAUGGAAGUAUCCUGCAGUCUUUACAUAAGUUGAACAGAAAAAUUGAACAACAAGGAGGAAAGACCAACCCACAAGAAGAAGUGCGAGUAGUUGCCAUGGUCCUUUUCAUGGUACUUGCUUUCAUGAUAUGCUGGUUGCCAUACACAGUGUUUGCCCUCAUUGUCGUUAUUAAUCCACAACUUUAUAUUUCACCGCUUGCUGCAACUCUUCCUACUUAUUUUGCCAAGACCAGCCCUGUCUACAAUCCAAUCAUUUACAUCUUUCUAAACAAGCAGUUCCGAAGCUGUGCUGUUGAGUGUUUAACCUGUGGCCACAUCCAACUUGAAAGCCAGGAAGAGAAUACAGAGUCUGUUCAAGUACAAAACACACUGAACCCCAAAACCAAUCAAGUGGCUCCAGCAUAGUGACUUUUAAUAAUAAAAGUUGAAAGAUUUGCAUUUGAUUUGA